AUGAAGUGCUUCGUGCCGACCUGCCGCAGUGAAUUCACUCGCAACUCCAAGAAAAACGGAUGGAAAUCCAAACAUCGAUUUCCUAAAAAUACCGCGCAACGUUAUGGCUGGUUGCAGGCUAUAGCUAAUGCGGAAAACAUUACAAUUAACGUCGAAAGCAUAAACUUCCGAACAGCACGAGUAUGUUCGGAACACUUCACGGACUCUUCGUUUUGUUUCCGGAAAAGCAAGAGGUUUCUCACCGACGAAGCAGUUCCGACAGUGUUUCAAAGCAAUAAAGAAAAUUGCAGCGAAUUUCUUGUAUCCGAACUGGCUGGUUCGGUUACCACACAACAGCUGGAUUCUGGCCCAGUUAGCGAUACUCAUCAGGAUCAUCGACGAUCCGGCUUUGGCAGUAUACAACGUACCUUCAAUGUGGGUGCGGAUCAGCUGCUUCCUCAGCACCGUACACUUCGUUCUCCCAUUUCAAACAAUCUCGAGCACCACCAUUCGAUCAAACACCACAACAACAAUUUGCUGGAUGCCUCCACCAAAACUGCCAACACGGAUGAAUCAGGUGCAUCUGCGCCAACUGCACAGAACAAAGUCGGUACAGAAAACGGUAAUCGUAGAAGACGCAUCCGUUAUGCCGGUGACCUCGUUGGAUACGACCCAACAGACGCAGAGAAGGUCAUUGCUCUGCCUAAGGUUCAAGCACAAUUGCAACGGUCCCAGAAAACUGUGAAACAGCUUAGAUCUAAGGUGAAAAGACUUAAAGAUAAACUACAGAGCAUGGAAGAACUAUUGGCGAAGUUAAAUUCUAAGAAGCUCCUCUCGGACACGGCAAAUUCUUUUUUGCAGGUAGCUAGAAAACUAUAUCGAUUCUUAACCAGGGUAGAUGUACCAAUAAUCGUGCUUAUUGUUAGUAUUGUUGAUAUGUAUUAUUUAUAUAGUAUUAGUAACCUAUUGAAACAAUAA